AGUGAUAAAGCUUCAUUAACAGUCACUGAGCUUCACCGGAAACUGCUUUCUUGACACACGCUUCGAAGCUUCGGUACGUGACGCAACCUGGAGCAAACAGUUGUUUGGCGUUGGAGCCGCUGAAAGAUACUGAAGCGAAAUGACGUUUUUGAUAAUUUUGUUGACUUUUCUGUAUAUGGACACUGUCAGAAGUCUCAGUGGUGACAGUGUGCUGCUGCGAGAUGUCCAAGUGCUGACUCUGUAUAAGGAUCGGUACACCACAGCACGGCGCUCCAGGCCUGUACUUCAGCUCCAGUGUGUCGGAGGCUCAGCAGGCUGCCACUCCUUUGUUCCACAGGUGGUCCAGUGCCAAAACAAAGGCUGGGAUGGUGUGGAUGUACAGUGGGAGUGUAAGACUGAUAUGGACAGCGCGUACCGGUUCGGCCCCAUCGAGGUGACCUGUGAGGGCUACAACCACCCUCAUGAUGACUACAUCCUGAAGGGCUCGUGUGGGCUUGAGUAUACGCUGGAACUGACCGAAGAGGGACGACAGAGGAAUCAGUGGGGCUGGAAUUCACAAAAUGGGUUCAAGGGAUUUGGAGGCCUUGGGGACUUUGCCUCGAGCUUCUUCAGUGGUUUCUCAGGUAAUGGGCGUCAUCAUGGCCACGACCAGCAGGCACAUCAGAGCUCUCAGCGCUCACACGAUGGGGACUUUGGAGGGCUGCUGGUGGUUGUGCUGUUUUUAGGCAUAGCGUACUGCGUGUACAAGUUUUUCCUCACUAACAACACGAACAGGUGGGGGCAGGAGGGCGCACAGAACGGUUACAAUGAUGAUGGCCAUGGAUCCACCACAGGACCCCCACCCCCGGGUUUCAGACCUGACUACACAGGUGAAAAUCCAGGUGUUAAUCCGGGUUACGGCUUCCGCAGUGAGUACACUAAUACACAUCAUUAUCCAGGAAGCGGAGCCACAUCGGGCACAAACGGCAGCUUCUGGACUGGAAUGGGAACAGGAGGGGUGCUGGGAUAUCUGUUUGGUCGUCAAAGAAAUCAGCCCCAUCACUAUCAUCAUAGUAAUUUCUUUGCCAGCAGACCUUCUACUCCGAGAACAUUCUCUCAUUCCACAGGAACACGCACUGCUUCAGGUUUUGGUGGAACCAAGAGAAGAUAGAAGCUGUUCAAGUGGAUGGAUUCUCCACUUUAACUGGGUUUUUCCCCCC